CUGUUGAAACUAUUAUUAUUAUCCAUUUAACCGUUUCGGUUUUGCACUGAUAUAAUCUAGGCUGGCAGCUCAUGUGGAAACAAGCAACUCCGAACCAGUUUGCUGACGUGAUCGUGACCUACUUGUAGCACGAGCAUUGUCGAUGGAUGUUUUUGCGACACAACUCAGAAACGCAUGUGACCUCUAGUAGUUGAGAGAAACAGAAAUCUGCUCUGACCACGUUUUGGACACCAUGGCCCCACACCCGGUCGUCCAGGCCGUCAUUGACCUCUCUGCUGGAGCCAUAGGGGGAGCUGCGUGUGUCUUCAGCGGGCAGCCUCUAGACACGACAAAGGUCAAAAUGCAGACUUUUCCUAAGCUGUACCGGGGUUUCAUCCACUGCAUGGUUUCCACCUACAAACAAGUGGGUAUCCGGGGUCUCUACCAGGGCACCACACCGGCACUGGUGGCCAACAUCGCUGAGAACUCUGUGCUCUUCAUGAGCUACGGCUUCUGCCAACAGAUCAUCCGCUUCACAGCCGGACUGCACCGUGAAGCCGUGCUUAGUGAUGUGCAGAAAGCCUGUGCUGGCUCAGUAGCAUCCAUCUUCUCUUCACUAGUACUCUGCCCCACUGAGCUUGUCAAGUGUCGGCUGCAGGCCAUGUAUGAAAUGGAGGCUUCAGGCAAAAUCACUAAGAGCCAUAAUACAGUAUGGUCUGUGGUGAAGUCCGUCGUGAGGAACGAGGGCCCGCUGGGCUUCUUCCAGGGCCUGACCACCACUAUAGCCCGAGAGGUCCCAGGGUACUUCUGCUUCUUCGGCGCCUAUGAGCUGUGCCGCACCGCCUUUGCGGACUACAUGAAAUGUGGCAAGGACGACAUAGGUGCGGCUCCGAUCGUGUUCAGCGGUGGGUUCGGAGGGGCAUGCCUGUGGCUGGUGGUGUAUCCUAUGGACUGUGUCAAGUCUCGGAUCCAGGUCAUGUCCAUGACAGGCAAACAGGCAGGCUUUCUCAAAACCUUCAUAACCAUGGCUCGUACUGAGGGCGUGAGGGCGCUCUACUCCGGUCUUUCCCCCACCAUGGUCCGAACAUUCCCUGCCAACGGAGCGCUGUUCCUGGGUUAUGAGGCCAGCCGGAAGCUCAUGAUGAAGCAGUUUGACAGCUAAAUUGGCCCAUGUGCAAGAAACUAAUGAAGCAGCAGUGAACUAGAAGUGACGUAUUUUAUCUGUAUAACCUCAACAAAACUCCAUUUUAGCCAUUUUCUGUUUUUGUUCAGUUUAGCCAAAACCCGCCGCACUCCAUUUCUUUUACACCAAAAAACACAAUUGAUGUAGAGUUUACAUAUUUUAUAUUCAGCGGUGGAAAGUAACUAAGUACAUUUACCUCUAAGUACUGUACUUAAGUACAAUUUUGAGGUAUUCAUACUUUACUUGAGUAUUUUCAUUUUCACAUAUUUCAACUUCACCUAAUUUUACAGGCAAAUAAUGUACUUUUUACUGCACUACAUUCAUUCACUAUCUUUAGUUACUUUUAGAAUUUGAUUAACAGAACAGCAUACAGCAUAACCAAUAAAAAUUUAUUGAUGCCCUGUGGGAAAUUCACAAGCUACCCAUCAGUACUUCCAAUUGUAAGCAUUUACAGUAGUUGAAACUAGCUCCACCUUUACCAGCUAAAUGUGAUGUGCACAAUAAUGCAUCAGUAAUUUAUAAUUGAACAGUAUAAUAUGCAUCAGUGUGAAAUGUGCUCUUCAGCAUAAUGAAUACUUUUACUUUUGGUACUUUACAUAUAUUUUGAUGUUAAUACUCUUGUACUUUUACUUAAGUACAUU